UAGUGUCAUUUAAAUUGAUCACAAUGAAGGUACAGAGAAAUGCAAACUGCAUGAAAGGUGUUUGUGGAUUUAAGUGGUGGAGAAAAGAUUUUAAAUAUGCUGCAAAAUAUAGCAGAGCAAUUGUAUGGACAAAGUUAAGCAGGUACGGAGAAUUACUUUAGAAAUAAGUGAAUCAAGUUGAUUGUGAUGGGUAUUUUCACUUCAGCAUGUUUCUGUAAUAUUCAUUGAAGCUUUUAUGUAGGUUUCAGGCAAUAUCCUUUAGAAUAUCUUUUACAUAACAAAGAUUUAGCUGGAUAAAAAGGUAACAUAUUUUCUUUAUUAUUUUAGUUAUAAUUUUAAUUAAGCUUUAUAACAGUUCGAAAAAGAAGAUAUUUUUCACAUUAAUAUGCAAUGGCAUUUGUGUUAAUUAUGCAAUGGUAUUUGUGUUAAUUAUGCAAUGGUAUUUAUGUUAAUUGAACUUCUAUGAUUUUUUAAUGUUUUGCUUAUUAGGAAAGUCAUCAGUAUUGGAAGCUCAUUAAGAUUAUAAUUAAACUUAUGAAACAAUACAAACUCAUCAGUGCAGAUUAAACAAAUGGUAAUUUGUUACAGAAAUGGCUACACUUAUACUUAAAGUAAAUGUUCUUCAUCUUGGAGUUACCAAAACAUUCCAGUUGGAUACGACAGCACGCGUUGAGUAUGUCAUCAGUCAAGUGCAAGAAAAGGUUGCUGGAACACAACCUCAUUCAAUUUCCUGUAUAUUUCGCUGGCACAAAUAUACUCAUUUAACCUUUUGUUUAGAUCAAAAUUUUGGAUUAUUUUUUAAAGACCCAUCUAAUGAGAAAAAAAGUUACUGGUUACUUAACAGUAGGCCAUUAAGAAUGUACGAUCUAGCUAAUGGGACAGAACUUUUAUACAAAGAUAAAAACAGAUAUUUAAAAGUGAAGAUGUUGGAUGGAACCAUUAAAACUGUGUUGGUGAACGACAGCAAAUCAGUUGGGCAUGCUCUUGAUCUUAUUUGCGAAAAAAUUGGUAUUACUAAUGCAGAUGAGUAUUCAUUGUUUAUUGAACAAGAGAAAGAUGAUGUCAUGGAUGAAGAGGAAGCGGAAGAAGCAAGAAGAGGAACAUUGCGAAAAAUGAGCCAUGCUAUUAUGCAUAAAGUGGAUGACUAUGAAAUGAAGAAAGUGCAAACAUUAAAGCGAAAAGCUCACACAGAUGAUGAUACAUACUGGUUAGCAAAUCAGAAAACUUUAAGAGAGGCUGGUGUUCAUGAUGAUACAUUGGUUGUUAUCAGACGACGAUUCACAGUGGAACAAAGUGUUAAUAUUACCAACCCAAUUGAAAUCAAUUUAUUGUAUGUGCAGUCACGUGAUGCAAUUCUCGAUGGUAGUCACCCCUGCACCAUGGAGCAAGCAGCAAAAUUUGCAGCAUUUCAAAUACAAGUUACUCAUGGUGAUUUUGAUGACUCAAGAUAUAAAUCUGGAUUUGUUGAUGUAAAGGAAUGCCUACCUAAAGAAUACCAUAAAAGCAAAGAGAUUGUGAAAAAAAUUAAGGAGGAACACCGUAUAUUGGAAAGAAUGCCAGAGCUGGAAGCAAAAUAUAAAUAUAUUCAAUUAUGUCAGAAUUUACCUACAUAUGGAGUGACAUUUUUUGUUGUGAAGGAAAAAAUGGUAGGAAAGAACAAACUCAUCCCUCGAUUGUUAGGAGUGAACAAAGAGAGUGUGAUGAGAGUGGACGAAAGAAGCAAAUGUGUGUUGAAGGUGUGGCCGCUAACAACAAUUAAGAAUUGGGCGUCAUCACCAAAUAGUUUUACCCUGGACUUUGGAGAUUAUACUGAAGGGAUGGUAUCUGUCCAAACUCUUGAAGGUCCUCAGAUUGGUCAACUUAUUGGUGGUUAUAUCGACAUUCUGAUGAGCAGGAUCAACAAAAUAAAAUACACCCAUGCUAGAGAUGACGAACUUGGCAUGGUUGAAGAAAGUUCAACUGUUCCCAAUAAGUCAAGAUUUAUACAGAAUCGAAAAUUUAAACAUGGUGAUGAAAUGAUGCCACAAUAUGGAAAGUUGGGUCAUGUUUCAGGAAGUCUGUCAAAAGGUCAAAGAGCAUUGUUGGGUAAUCUUGAUGCAUCAGGAAAAGCUGUGUUAGUUAUCUACGAUGAACUAAACGAUGAAGAAAAUCCCUAUGCUAUACUGGAACCAUUUCAAAAGGAGCAAGACAGUGAUAAUUUUAGUGUUGACAAAUCAAUGGGUGACAUAUACGCAAGUGUUGCAUCAAUCAUUUCAAACUCAAACAAACCGAGUGAAGAUGAUUAUACAACAGUUGGAGCUGGUGUCAGCACAAUAGCAUCGAAUUUGAAGGAUUUAUCGCGUCAUUUGAAAAUGCGAGCUGCAGGUAUGAAAGGAGACGAUGGCAAUGAUUUACUAGAUGCUGCAAAAAAGUUGGCCGAUGCUUUUAAUGGAUUAAUGGUGGCAAUUAGUCCUACGGAAGAUAAGUCACGCGAUGAUAUCCUUAUUGCAGCUAAUGACAUGAGUGAGGCUGGUGUAUGUAUCGAACACAUUUUAAAUGAGCGUCAACCGAAUGGACAUCAAGGAAACGUGCUUAGCCUGGCUAAGGUCAUUGAGAAAGCUGCUAAUGUUUUAAGCCAGAAAGCUGCUCAACUAGCUGGUACUUUAGACGAGCCAAGUGCUCGCAAAAUCAAUGCUAGCGCCGAAAAAGCACGUGUGAGAGCAUCUGAAUUAGUAACAUGCGCAAAGAUACUUGGAUUAUAUAUGGACAAUCCAGCAGCGAAGCAGCAAAUGUUGAAUGCUAUAAAGAGUGUCGGACAAGAUAUAAACGCUCUUACUGGAUUGUGUUUGGUUGCAACUAAUGAUGAAGAUCUUAUUGGAAAAAUCCAAGCUGUUGCACAAGCUGUGACAGAUGCUUUAAAUAAUUUAAUAGAAAAAGUACAAUUUGGUUCAGACGAAUCGGAAAAGGCUGCAGAGAAGAAUGUAUAUGAAAUGAUCCUAGAUGCAAAUGACGCUUUAUUCAGGAGUUUAGGCAACGGUGACGAAAUGGUCCGACAAGCUACCAUAUUGGGACAGGCGACAUCACAGCUCAUCAAAGGAUUGAAAACACACGCGAAUGAUAUUGACGAUGUAAAUGAAAAAGACAGAUUAUUAGCAGCUGCUAAGCUUCUCACAGAUGCUACGUCAGCAUUAUUAUUAGCUGCUAAAAAAGUUAAAGACAAUCCGACGAGCAAAGAUGAACAAGAAGGCUUAAAAACAUCAGCUGUGUUGCUGAGGUUGAAUACAAACUCUGCUACUAAGAAUGCACUCAAAAAAACGUUGAUUAUAAAAUUGAAUAGUGAUGCGAAGAAUGCAGUUGCUGCUUCCACGCACGUCGUGUCAUCUGCAAGAAGUGCUGCACCGUACAAUACUAAUCCAGUAGCACAGCAACAGUUUAGCGAGUCCAGUGCAGAAUUGUUAUCACAACAUGCUAAAGAUUUAAUGCAUGCUGUGAAAGAUUGUGAAGGAAAAGUUGGAAAUCCAACAUCGCAACUAAAUUUGAUCACAUCAGCAAAAUUCUUCUUGCCACUUGCAUCAAGAAUGGUUGCUUUGUCCAAAGCGAUAAUUCCAACUGUCACACAGAAUGCUGUUUCAUUGCAACUUGCAGAGGCUAGUAUGAAUGCUGAGAAAGCUUUGAAUGAUUUGAAACAAUCAGCAGAGAAGGCAGCAGAAGGGCAAGAAGAAUGUGAUCGAGCUAUUAAUGCAAUAAAUAAAGCAAUCAACGAUCUUGAUCAAGCAGCUUUAGCAGCUCUUAGCGAUAAUUUGAAACCACUAAAAACUGACUCGAUCAAGAGCUUGGAAGGGAAGAUUUUAGACACCUGUAUCAGAUUAAAAGAAGAAAUUCCAGAUACAGUAGAAUAUGCUCAAAGCGUUCCUGAGAUGAUUGGACAGUCAGUUAUAAAAUUAGCUGAGCUGAUAGAACCGCUAGCAGAGCACUCGAUCGGUUUUGCAGCCAAUCUUUCGACAGCAUCACAAAAACAAACAGAAAUUCUCGAUCUUGCUAAGACGGUUUUUGAAUCUGCAUCACAGUUAGUCAGUGCCACAAAAGAUGCUGGAGGCAAUCCCACGGCUUUAAAACAUCACCAAGCUGUAGACGAAUCUUCAGACAAUUUGUUAGAAGCUCUGAAAGAUAUAAUGGCGUUUGUAAAGGGUACGACCGGCGACAUCGAUACGAUCACAUAUCUCAUCUCAUCUAUUGAUACUGCAAAAGAUACGUUUACUGCUGGAAAAGAAAGUAAAAUGCCACCAAGUCGAAAAUCAUACAUAGAAUAUCAAGAUAAUAUGAUUAAAAAAUUAAAAGCCAUUGCCCGAGACUCACAUGAAGUUGUUGGCAAGGUGCAAAGCAAUCCAAAAGAGAUUAGCAGCGUUUGUGAGGACAUCUUUUUGAACUACAGUGAACUUGUAGAAGACACACAAUAUGCUGUCACCUUACUCAAUCCACAGGUUGGAGAUGAGCUAAAAGCUAACAUUCAAACACUUGGAGAUGGUUGUAAGCAUUUGGUGUUAUGUGCAGGUCACUGCCAAAGCAGUCCGGACGACCAAUAUAUAAAGAAAGACUUGACUGAAAAAGCUAAAGAUGUCUCUUUGCAGGUUGCUCGUAUAAUGACAGACUUGCAAAAGGGUUCAGUUGGAACAAAAGCAUGUGUAGACGCACUGACUAUGUUAUCAGGUUUGAUAGGUGAUAUAGACACCAACAUGAUGUUUGCUGAGACAGGAACUCUCAAUCCUGAUGAUGGAUCGAAAUUUAACGCACACAGGGACGUCAUAUUAUUAAAUUCGCAACAGUUUGUGAAAGAAACAAAAUCACUAGUUAACGCUGUACAUGGAUCUCAAGAUCAAAUGGCUGCUUCAGUACGAGAAGUGUUAAAUAGCACUACAAAACUGAUCGACAGUGUAAAACUGGGUGCGGCUUCCAUUGGUUCGGAAGAUAUGGACGGUCAGAUGUUAUUAUUGAAUGCUGCGAAGAAUGUAGCCUCGGCUCUUUCGGAUCUGAUGCACGCGACUAAAAACACGUGUGGUAAAUCUAAGGAUGACCCCUCCUCAGACGAACUAAAGAUAUUUGCAAAGCAUUUGGUUGGAAACUUAACAUCGCUUUUAAAGACUGUUCGAAGUGUAGAAGACAAAGCAUCACGUGGAAGUAGAGCGAUCGAAUCAUCAAUCGAAGCUAUCAAGCACGCUACUUUGAAUUCACAACCUGAAAGUGGCGUAAAGACAGCUACACCUGAAGAGCUCAUACUGUCAACAAAAGGUGUCACCUUGGCAACAGGCAAAGCUGUCGCUGCUGGAAACUCUUUACGCCAAGCCGACAUUAUCGAAGCAGCGAAUAUUGGACGAAAACAUUGCACUGAAAUGUUUGAAAUUGCAAAGGCUGCCAUCAAUACGACAGAAUCUGAUUCGAUACGAAACGCUGUGAUAGCCAAGGUGCGUGGUGCAUCACAAGCUUACUGUGAUGUGCUAAACCACGUGUCAGUUGUCAUUUCCGCACCGUCGGUUGAGGAAAAACAGAAGUUCCAUGCCUUAUCUAAAAGAGUGGCAUAUUCGGUUGGUGAAGUUGUUAAAACAGCAGAACUUCUGAAGGGUAACGAAAUGGUAAACCCCGACGAUCCAAAUGUGAUAGCAGAAAACGAAUUACUCGGUGCGGCAGCGUCGAUAGAAGCGGCUGCUAAAAAGUUAGCUGAACUGAGGCCGAAAGCUAGGCCAAAGCAAGCCGACGAGACACUUGAUUUUGAAGAACAGAUCUUAGAAGCUGCAAAGUCUAUCACGGCAGCUGCAGGUGCUUUGGUUAAAGCAGCAACGUUUGCGCAAAGAGAAUUAGUGGCGCAGGGAUUGGUAUGCUCCCCAACUACUGAUCAUUAUGCAGACACGCAAUGGUCGCAAGGUUUAAUAUCUGCUGCUCGUCUUGUAGCUGACGCGACAGGUUCUCUUUGUGAAGCAGCAAACGCAGCUGUACUUGGUGAUGCCAGUCAAGAAAAGUUGAUCGCUUCGGCACAAGCUGUUUCUGCCUCCACAACACAACUAUUAGUCGCAUGUCGUGUCAAAGCUGACAAAUUUAGUAAAACACAAAAGGGCUUACAGGCUGCGGGCGCGGCAGUAAAGAGAGCAACAGACACACUUGUGAAGGCAGCGGAAGAUGCGGCAGUUUUCGAUGUUGAUGAUACCGAUGGUUAUGUCCCCAGCGGAGGUGUGAAAACAGGUCGACUUAUUGACCAAAUGAAUGCGCAAGUUGAGAUUCUACGCAGAGAAAAAGAACUCGAAAAAGCACGGAAGAAGCUAGAACAAAUUCGGUUGGCUGGUUACAAAAAUGGUAGAAACGAUAGUGAGUAGUGAUGAAAUAGUUAGCAAUAAGAAAAAAGGGAAUUAUUGACAGUAAAUCAGAGUAAAUUAAUUUGUUGUUUUAAGUGGUAAAAUGCUAACAAAAUCACAAAAUUCCUAGGAAAAUCCAUUUUAAAUAGUUUUUUACAAGUAAUGAAAUUAUCUUUGUUUAAUGAAUAUUGUGUAUAAAUUCAUUUCCUUCCUUUUUGGAGCUUCUUCUAUUUUCCAAAAGCAACAUUAUUUGUCUGGUAGCUUUAGUUCCAUCUUGACUUAUGACACGCGGAUAUCACUGCUGUAUUUUUAAUGUAUUUAUAGACCAAUGUACAGUUUCUGUCUUGCAUAUUUACGCUUUAUAAA